UUGGAAGAAACAGCUGAUCUAGAUCUUCAUGUUGGAGAAAAAAACUUAGAGGUUUAUAGGAGUGAUAAAAUCAAUUAAUCCCGAUGAUCCCAGCCGCUCUUUGGAGUCAGCCUUAAGAGGGAUCUUGCGGGAGAAGUCGUCCGACGACUUGACGUUUCGCAUUCAGCUGACGAAUCAUCCGCAUGAUUUAAACGAUGGCAGGCUCAGCGCUCAGACGACUGAUGGCGGAAUAUAAACAGCUAACCUUGAACCCACCGGAAGGCAUCAUCGCCGGCCCGAUUAACGAGGAAAACUUCUUCGAAUGGGAGGCCCUCAUUACUGGACCAGAGGGAACCUGUUUUGAAGGUGGAGUGUUUCCAGCAAAAUUAAUAUUCCCCCCAGAUUAUCCAUUGAGUCCUCCAAAGAUGCAGUUUACCUGUGAGAUAUUUCAUCCUAAUAUCUAUGCGGAUGGAAGAGUCUGUAUAAGCAUAUUACAUGCACCUGGUGACGAUCCAAUGGGUUACGAAAGCAGUGCGGAAAGAUGGAGUCCAGUACAGAGUGUGGAGAAGAUACUGUUGAGUGUAGUAAGUAUGUUGGCUGAACCAAAUGAUGAGAGCGGUGCCAAUGUGGAUGCCGCCAAGAUGUGGAGAGAAGAUCGUAAGGAGUUCGAGAAAAUAGCUCAAAAGCUGGUGAGAAAGACUCUGGGUAUUCCACCUUAAAAUAAAAUCCGUCUGCUGAAAGAAAGGAAAAAGAAAAAGCUCAAGAGCGACAAUUAUUAUUAUUUUUGUCGGUCGAUGAUAUAUUCCUGUAGGAAACAAUAAAUUUUUACCUGUGUACCAAACGAAUCUCUUGUGUGCAAACAACUCUUCGCACGUUCCACUAAUUAUUUGCGCGUGGAAAUAUAUUACUUGUCAUGAAGUUUUAUGAAGGGACAAAUCUUUGAUGAUAUAGAAAUUGAAGGUGUUAAUCUCAAAAAAUGUUUAUUUUCAACAUUGCAGUACAAACAUGGGUAAUCAAAUACAUACGCGAUUAUCUCAUACGCUUACAUAUACCAUUUCAUCGUGACAAACCGAUAACGAAGGACAGGAUUCGUUUCUUGUGUUCGGGUGCGUGAUUGACGUUAAGUAUAUAUAUUAGUAUUUAAAAUUAUCAACUGAUCCCACAAAUUACCCUACGGCGAUGUUAAAGUAAUUAUCACAUUCGCAUAUGGUGUUAUAUUAUUCGCAUGUAAAUGUAUAUCGGCGAAAACGCAUUAUCAACUAAUGUGUUUGAAUAUCUUUAAUAUUUAAGGAGAGAAUACAGAUUAA